CUCUCGGAACACAAUUAGUGGGACACACUAAGAGUUGAGCCAGCUAGGAUUAUAUUUCUCUCCAGAAAAAAAAUGUGCAAUGGAGCUGCAGGAAAAAGUGACUGUUCCGACAUUUACAGACUUGGACAAAGACGCUUUUCUGCGAGAUAUUUAUCCACAGAGAAGACCGGCCGUGCUGAGAGGCAUGGAUCUUGGACCGUGCCUGGAAAAGUGGACAGCUGAAUAUCUCACUGAGAAAGGGGGAGACAAGGAAGUGAAGAUUCACGUGUCCACUGUGCCGCAGAUGGACUUCCUCCACAAAAACUUUGCAUACAAGACUCUGCCUUUCAAGGAAUUUGUGAAAAGAGCAUCUGAAAAAACCCACUGUGAUUACUUCCUGUGUAAGGAUGAGAGUUAUUAUCUACGAUCACUUGGAGAGGAUGUACGAAAGGAACCUGCUGAUCUCAGUAAACAGUUCCCAGCCUUGGCUGCAGAUUUCCACAUCCCGGAGUUCUUUGCACCUGAUCAGUUCUUUUCCAGCGUAUUCCGCAUCAGCUCCUGUGGUCUGCAGCUGUGGACGCACUACGAUGUGAUGGAUAACCUGCUGGCUCAGGUGACAGGAACCAAAAGAGUCAUUCUCUACAGCCCCCAGGAUGCAUUGCACCUAUACCUGUCAGGGGAUAAAUCUGAGGUCCUGGAUAUCGACUCCCCAGACCUGACACGAUUUCCCGAGUUUGUGAAGGCGAAGAGAUACGAGUGUGUGCUGGAGCCUGGAGAUGUUCUUUUUAUCCCGGCUCUGUGGUUCCACAACACCCUCGCUCUGCACUUUGGAGUGGGUGUAAACAUGUUCUGGCGACAUCUUCCUGCUGACAGUUACGACAAAAAGGACCCGUACGGUAACAAAGACCCCGUGGCUGCGGCUCGAGCGCUUCAGGCCUUGGAGAGAGCACUGCACACUCUGGAUGAACUCCCGGCAGAUUAUCGGGACUUCUAUGGGCGCCGCAUGAUUCAGCGAAUCCAAAAACGGACAUACAGCGACAGUCAAUCGACAACAAGUACACAGCAGGACUCUGACAGAACAUCACCAAGCAAUCACUUCACCAAACCUGGAUGAAUUUUGAAAUGUGGAGUAACCGAUACAACAGAAUGCAUGUAAGAUAAAUGAUUUGGGAAAACAUCAA